ACAUUGUAAUCGUAAUUGUAUGCACCUUAGUCGAAACUGGCCGAAAUUGCACGGUUUGAACGCAUUAUCUUGUUGAUCGAAAAAGAUACGAACUAAUGCGACAUUUGGACAAUUUUUAUCGAAUGAUAGUGUUAUAAGUCUGGCCGUAAAACUACGUAACACUGACAUGUUGCAAUUAAUAAAUCUUCCUGAUAUUGUUUUGGAGACAAUUUUGUCUAACCUUACAUACGACGAAAUUUCACGAUACAGAAUUGUUUGCAAACAAUUUGAUCGGAUAUGUAAAAAGUUAUUGAAUCGUGGCUUUAAUUUGAUGGAGAAAUAUCAUGCACAAUGUUUGCGUGCAGUAAAAAGUCAAUUACCACGAAGAGAAUCGGAGAGAAGGAGUCAUCCUUUGGCACGUCAUUGUGAUAUAUUAACAGCGAUAGAAACAAGGAUAUCCAUGCUAUCCAUGACUUUUAUAAAAUACGUAGAUCUCAAUCUAUGUUGCUUUAUUCCUGGAAAGGUGAUCGAUGAAAUUUUCCGAGUCCUCCGUUUGAUUCGUGAUUCUAAAACUCCACCUAGAGCUCAUGAAAUACUUCAAGAAUUAAGAGAUAUUAGCAGUAUGGCUAUGGAACACUUCGAUGAAAAGAUUUUACCAGAUUUAAAGCAUAGUAUUUGUACGUCUGUUGUUAGUAACGUAGGUUCUUACGAAUUACCAGGUGGAAGUUUGAUGAUCUCUCAUCAUACUACAAAUCCAAACAGUAUAACAUUGCCACAUAACUUUAAUUCGGAAAAAUUAAAUCAGACUUUUAAGAAAAUCUUCUUUCGUACCAAAAAGAAUAAAUUGUCUGUCCUGUCUAUGAGAGGACAAAUAAGCAAAAUGAAACUUAGAAUGAAAAGGCAAGGUUUCCAAAUGCGAUUGCAAAGUUUAAAAUUACAAGAACAGGCAAAAAAGAUACACGAUCAAGAUACGCAGUUGGCUGAAAUGAGAAAGCACCUUGAAGAAUGGGAGCAGAAAAUGGUUGAUUUGACGACUGGUUUGAGCCGCGCAAGAGAAGAAACACAAAAACCUGAUUCUAUAGAGACUUGUAAAAGAAAACUUAUAGAUCAAACGAAAGACUUGCAAGCGAAAAGAUGUAAACUGGUAAUAGAAAGAUUAAAAUCAAUAUUAUAAAAGCUUCAACUUUGCAUUAACUUGUCCUUUGUACAUAAUAAGGUUGUAUAUGAAAUACGAGAUAAUUGUUCUAUUUG